CAGCCGGAAGCGGAAGUCCCGACCAGAAAGUUCAGCGGCAGCUGGGAGGAGUUGGCUCCCGUUCAGGUUCGAGUCCACGUGGGGCCGCGGCUGGAGGGCAGGGGGCUAAAAGCCCGCCGAGGUGACGGGGAGAGGCGACUUUUUCCAGUCGCGGGGACCUCGGGCUAAUCCACUUUCUCCGGCGGGUGUGGACUUGCGCUCUGCGAGAUGGACACUCCCCCUCUGUCAGGUUCGGACUCGGAUUCUGAUGAUUCUCUUGUCACGGACAAAGAGUUGCAGGAGGCGUUUUCCCGAGGGCUUCUGAAGCCAGGCCUCAACGUGGUGCUAGAGGGGUCGAAGAAGGCCGUGAACGAUGUGAAUGGUCUGAAGCAGUGUCUGGCUGAAUUCAAGCGGGAUCUGGAAUGGGUUGAAAGGCUUGAUGUGACCCUGGGUCCGGUACCAGAAAUCAGUGGACCUCAAUCAACACCUCAGAACAAGGAUCAGAACAAGGAUCAGAAAGGUGUUGAUCCAGAAGAUGAUUUCCAGCGGGAGAUGAGCUUCUACCGUCAGGCCCAAGCAGCUGUGCUUGCAGUGUUGCCUCGCCUCCAUCAGCUCAAAGUCCCCACCAAGCGGCCCACGGAUUAUUUUGCAGAGAUGGCCAAGUCUGAUCAGCAGAUGCAGAAGAUUCGACAGAAGCUGCAGGCUAAACAGGUGGCCAUGGAGAAGUCGGAAAAGGCCAAGCAACUGCGAGCACUUAGGAAAUACGGAAAGAAGGUGCAAACGGAGGUUCUUCAGAAGAGGCAGCGGGAGAAAGCAAACAUGAUGAGUGCCAUUAAGAAAUAUCAGAAAGGCUUCUCUGAUAAACUGGACUUCCUUGACGGGGAUCAGAAACCUGUCGCACGGAGCACGAAGGAGGGAGCCAAAGGCCAGCAGAUGAGGAAGGGGCCCAAUGCCAAGCGACGCUAUAAAAACCAGAAGUUUGGUUUUGGUGGGAAGAAGAAAGGCUCCAAGUGGAACACUCGUGAGAGCCAUGAUGAUGUAUCCAGCUUCCGGGCUAAGAUAGCUCACGGCAAGGGGCUCAAGAGGCCGGGAAAGAAAGGAUCAAAUAAGAGGCCCGGAAAAUGGACAAGAGAGAAAAUGAAGAGCAGAGCGCGCUAAACAAACAGCAUCUCUGUGUACAGAGGCCGAGGGAGGGGGAGGAGGGCUUGGGAUUGCCCAGGACGGCUGGGUUCCUGCUGUUCGUUUCUUUUUGUAAAAAUUCUUUCAAUAAACUAAAGAACAGUUUUCAGAGAAA